AAUUAUAAAAGUAAAAACAACCUGACGCCUCUCUGGUUUCCAGCCGCCUUACAAAUCCAGUUCAUCAGUUCGAAUUCAUCUCCAUUCGAUUAUCAUCUCAAAUCCGAUCUCCUUUCUCUUCUUCAUCAUAAAUCUCAACUCGAUCUCUAAAUCAUCGAUCAAAUUCAUCCGAUUAAUGAGGACCUGAGGUGAUCCCAAAUUGAAUGUUCCAAUGGCUUCGAUCCGUAGAACUCUAUCGCCUUACCACGUUCGCGCGAAUCAAAACGGCAAUGAUAAUAUCACUCAUCCAUUUCAAGUCUCCCCGCGGAAAUACUCAUCAUCCACCGGUAAAUUCUCAUCACCGCCUUUGCUAUUUUCUACCUGUUCUCGUCGCUUUAUGGAAGGAUUCUUCAUCCGGCGUCAUUCCAGGAAAGUACACCAAACGUGGAUGAGAUUUUUCUGUAUUUGCUCGUUUUACUUCUUCCUAGGGUUUCUGUUUGGCAUGUUCAUGAUGCCUCUAGGUUAUAUUGAUGUAACUGAUGUUAGCAGUUAUGAUGAUAUCUCCUCCGAAAUCGUCAACCGGCCGGACGAGAAUGCUGUUGUGAGGCUCAGCGUAUCUCGGCCGGAUGAUUUUGAUGAUGAUAUAUUUGGUUUCAUUCACAGGAAACAGUUGAUUAUUGUGACACCGACUUAUAAUCGUGCGUUACAGGCAUAUUACUUGACUAGACUUGGACAGGUGCUUAGGUUAGUCCCACCGCCUGUUCUUUGGAUUGUGAUCGAGAUGAAUUCGGCUUCGAUAGAGACUGCAGAGAUUUUGAGACACGCAGGUGUUAUGUAUAGGCAUUUAGUUUGUUCGAAUAACUCCACGAACAUCAAGGAUAGAGGUGUUCAUCAGAGAAACAAGGCGCUUGAGCAUAUUGAGCUCAACAAUCUUGAUGGAAUUGUUUAUUUUGCAGAUGAUGAUAAUAUCUAUUCACUCGAGUUGUUUCAAAGACUCAGAGAAAUCAGUCGAUUCGGAACAUGGCCAGUUGCAAUGCUUGAACAGAGCAAAAGCAAGGCUAUACUUGAAGGUCCUGUAUGCAAUUCGGCUAAAGUGAUUGGUUGGUAUACAAAUGAAAAAAGCAAGAGACUUCGAAGAUUCCAUGUUGAUAUGUCUGGUUUUGCAUUCAACAGUACCAUAUUAUGGGAUCAGAAAAGAUGGAAACACCCCACAUUAGAUCGAAUUCGGCAGUUGGAUUCUGUGAAAGAGGGUUUCCAAGAGACUACAUUUAUAGAACAACUAGUUGAAGAUGAAAGACAAAUGGAAGGUGUGCCUUCCAAUUGUUCGAGAAUAUUGAAUUGGCAUCUCCAUUUGGAUGCACAUGGGCUUGUUUAUCCUAAAGGCUGGCAGUUAGAGAAGAAUCUUGAAAUUGUCAUCCCUUUCAAAGUGAUCUAAUAGUGUCAACUGCCAUGAUCAUUGGAAGCAAGAAACACCCAUAUGACAGCUUGAUUCCACCAUUUUUGAAAGGAAAAGCAAACAGCAGAUCAGCUGCAAAAACCAGGAGUUUUAAGAGGCACCAAAAGAAGGAACAUUUUAUUUAUUUAUAAUUUGUAAACCUCUUUUUCUCAAUUUCAUUAAUGCUAUAGAAUUAUAUAUUGUAUUCUUUGGAGAAAUAGAGUACUAUAUAAUAGCAUCUAGUUAUUUAUUUUCAGCUUAUAAACAUGUUAAUGUAUACAUAUCCAUUUUAGAGAUUUAGGGUUCCUAAAACUCUAGCUAGUGUAUCAAGUUGUCUUGAAUCUUUAUUUUAUCUAAUUAUUUGGAGAUUACUUUAUAAAACAACAAAGUUUCUUGUAUCUUAUUAU